AUGACCGUUGAGUUUCACAGUGGGGAAGAGGCGGUGAUUGCAUUGAGGUAUGAACGGCUCCAUGGCUUCUGUCGGAUAUGCUCGAGCUUGAGGCAUGAUCAAUCAAAGUGUCCCACUACAAAAACUGUAUCUGAGGAAGAUGAUGAGGGCCCAUCGGAUAAGCCAGAUCAGGGAGAUAAGGCUCUGAGCUACAGGGGGGCAGUGGAGUCUCAUCCUAAAGGAAAUGUUCCUGAGGGUGAUGCAAGGCGACAAAAUCAUCAGUCAGGGGGAAAACAUGAUUACAAAGGAAAAGGGAUAGCUUAUGAUGGAGGGAAACACGCUACUUUGGCGAAAGGAGGUCCAGGAAGAAGGUACAGAGAGCAAGGGAGAGCACCAUCACGAUUUGUCAGACAGGCGGAUUACCUUCCUCCUAGAGAGCUUCAGGAUAGCUAUGUUAUGGCUACGCAUGGAGUUAAGGGUUUGGGUAAUCUGGACGUUGGGGCCCAUCUGGAGGAAAAUCAAAAGUUAAUGCUUGAUGCUUUCACAAGUGGUGGAAAUAAAGAAACGCCAGGGUCUAAGGCACGUAGGGCUCUUCAGUUUGAGGAGAAGGCUUCAGGGGAGGUACAUCAGAAUAUGGUUGGAGAGAUACAAACAGAUGGUGCUAGUGGGCAGAAGGAAGUGAUGGCGGUCUCAGAGCUUCAAACAAGAGAUCCUAUUGGAGUGGGCCCUGCUGUUGUUGAUACAAAGAAAAUGGAGAAGGUCGGAGACUUUAGUGGUGGUGAGGAAAAGGAGGAGAGGAAGGAGGACGAGGCUGGUCUUGAAGUGGAGGGGGGUUCUUCGGAGAUGGUAGCUGGUCUGGGCGGUGAAGAUGGGAGUUUGGAGUAUGAGAUGUUCGAGGAUGGAGAGGAGGAAGAGUUGGAAGGAAAAGUGGGGGACGAGAUGAAGGCUACAGAUACGGAGAUGACAGUGGAGGAUGUUAAUGCUUUUGGGGAAGAUGUUCAAAUGGAGGAAAAUGUGAAUUUCCUUGCAGGGGAGAAAGGACGUCAGGGUCAGAAGAACAAGAAUGGGAAGAGUAAUGCUGAAGGGAUGGGCGGGAAUGCGAAGAAGAGGGCGGUCCAGUGCUUUGCAUCUCCAAGGAAGAAGGUGAUGGCAAAGCACCUCAGUAAGGUGGGGGAGAAGGGCACAGCUCCACAGAAGAAGGCUUCUGCUAAGCCUAAACCGGAUCAGGACUAG